AUGCCUGUAAACACUCGAGCUCAAGCCUGCCGAGCCAGUCCGGAUGAGCAACGAAGACAGGGCUCUGCGCCCGGGCUACCGGAGGGAAAUCAAAGGGAGCCCCCAAGGCGCUAUCAGCGUAGGCGAAAACGAUGGACAGGCGGGACGGCCCACGAGGCUCGCGAACGAAUAAUUCGGCUUGGUAUUGGACGAAGGGGACCGCCUAGAAAUUGGAAACAAAUAGAGCGCCAGGAACGAAGGUCACAAGCGAUACGGAUGCAAAGCCCGGGCGAAGAAGACUCCAAUGGAGAGGUAACGUCAGAACGAACGGCAAAUUCCUCCUCCCCAGAUGCCAUGAGUAGCAAAGAUGGGUUUCAAGCCGAACGAGAAGAUAUCGAAGAUGAUGAGGAGGAAGAAGAAGAAGAAGAAGGGGAAGAAGAGGAUGCCGAGGAGGGCGACAUAUGGAGGGCUCCCCUGGCCAUCGGGCGGUCUCUAGGCGAGAAUCUGAGCAGACUACAACUUGCAUAUCGGCGUGUCGCACAAUGGGAGGCCAUCCUCGAACAUAACAAAAACUGCGACCCGGAAUCCCUCCAAGGAAUCCAAGAUUACCUCCGGCGAGCGCGGAAGGAGCUUUGGACACUGAAAGUCAAUGAAGAGACUACAACUCCCAUGAAUGAGCUCGAGUCAACGAAGAAACAGGCAAUCUCGCAAAGAAUCCAAACCCUCGAGCGAGCCCUCAAAACAUCGCGCUUCUCCGAAGAAAUCAUCAACAUCACCCGCGCACUCCAAGGCUACAAAACGGGAGAAAUCCGAUACUGGGAUAAAUGGACACUCAUCUGGAACGACCACAUCGUCGACUUCUGCCCCACGUAUGCCUCCUUUUGCGUAGAUCGCCUGGAGCGUCUUGACCGGUACGCAAAGAAGUACGGAGAGGGAUGGCUGUGGUACGAAGCUCCGCUUGCGGGCGAAAGUGAGAUGUCGACCUUGAUGGGGGACGCGACAGCCAUGAGGGCCACGUCCUCUGAAUUGCAAAACCAGAUGUAUGGGAUGGGCUGUUGGCCGGUUACGAUGGGGUUUAAACGGGUGAGGUGCUACGUCACCAGCGGACCGGAAAUAAGGAGGAAGAAAAAGGUAAGAUGGGCCGACCAAGAGGAGGAGGAGGAGGAAGAGGAGAACCUGACGUCUAGCCCAAGUAAAGUCAACGCCCAAACCAUGUCCAGCGUCGAGAUAGAAGACGACCCACCCGCGCCGUCUCUUUAUUUCGACCUCAUCCUCGACUCGGGAGCAACGUUCCCGGUGCUCUACGAGCAGGACUUUCGCGCCAUUGGCAUCAACCCGGAGACGUACGCGGCCCAGACUACAACAAAAGUCAAGAUGAUCACCAACAAAGACGAGUUCCGCCUCUACGAACUCCGUGUUUCCGUUACAGACAAAGACUGUCUCUCCCUCGUCAUGCCAACGCAGGCCGUCUGGCCGCUCGAAUACCCGGAGCUAGGGGGUAUCAUACCCGUCCUGAUGCUUCCCAAAGAGACCCGGACCAGUUCGAACCCAUUGGCGCCAGCUGAGGGCGACUUGAGCAAACUGCGCAAGGGCAGAAAUUGGGUUACCGGAUGUAGCAGGGUGUCCGGAAUCCUUCCUUUUCUUGCUUGCUACACCACUACGGUCCCGGGCAGCAAGGUGAUCUGGAUGGGGGAGGAUAGGAGGGACGUAUUGGGUCCCGGCAAGUUCCCCGGCCAGAUGAGAUACGGGGCGGAGAUUGACGAUGAAGAGCUGACCCAGCUUCGGGAGGAGGCCGAGACGGAUCGGGCGCCAGGUGUUCGUUUUGAACAAGCUUGCAAGGAUGGCGGGAGACUCGUUGACAAGGACGGACAAUUUGGAGUUAGUAUCCUUAGGAGAUAUAACGAUGAGGGUGAAGAGAUUGGAAAGUAUACGGUUGACCCAUGGACGUGGAGCAAGGACAGGCAAGGACAGCAGUCUAAGAAACAGAAGCGGUGA